AAAUUCAUUGUCGUUCUCAUUCUCGUACCCGUUGUCGUUGUUUUCUUUAUUUUUUACCGCCGCUGUGUUGUAUAUUUUGUGUAAAAUUGGAAUUUAAAAAACAAAAAGAACCCAAAAAGCAAUAUAAAAUAUUCUUAAAAUAUAAAUUAGACCGAAGAGAAAAUAUUAUAAACACAAAUAUGCCAAUUCAAUUGGAUAAAAUCUUAGCUGAUAUCGCUGACGAAAAACCUCUGCAUCCACAAAGCGAUGCCGCGAAAUCCAAAAAGGACCAAGAUGAGGCUUGGAUUAAAGUUGGAAAAAAGAAUAAACUUUCUGCACAUGAAGCUAAAUCGAUUUUCAAAGUUUUACAAAAGAAAUACGAACAAGAGAAGCUGAAGCCCUCGAGCACCUGGAAGCUGUUUCAACAAAUGGAAGAUAUAUGCAAAAAACAAGAGGAAUUCACACCGAAAUUAGAAGAAGAAGUCCCCGAACACGAGGAUGAAUCCAUGGUUGAGUUCCUUGAAGUUCGAGAAGAAGAUGACGAUUACGAAGGAGACAGUGACAACCAAGACAAAUCUAUGAGAAGCAUCAGUCCAACGGGAAGUUCACCAGAGAAAGAAACCACCCCCAGCAAUGUAGACACAAAGCCAGAGCUUAAAGUUCUUAACUCUAAUUUAAUGGUUUCACAGGCAGCUACAACAAUCAAACCCGAAAUCGGUCUUACUCAACAACAGCGCGAGCAACAAAAACAACAAAAGCAAUCUGCAUUCUCAAAAGCUCUCCAAAACAAAGGCAUCAGCUUGCGUAAGGCCAAUACUGGAUCAAUCAUGAAACAGACCACACUUGGAAUGCAAAAACACCCGGGUAACGAUAAUAGCCGAGCGAUAAUUAUGCCUGAAUCCGUCAAACGUAAAUUGCAAUCCAUUGAAACACAACGUGAAGAUUCGGUACCUUCGAAAAAAAUGCACAUCACACAAGCUCAAACAUCAUCAUCAUCGACUAAUCCAUCACAUGCCCAGGUUCCUGAGGUUGAAAUCAAAAAAGAAACCAUCGAAGAAAUGGACACAGUAUUGCCUUCGACAGUGACAGCGGCGUCCAAUGCAGGAAUCAAUGUCAUAACAAUUCCAUCGACAAACCAAACUUUGGCCGGUGAACUCUCCAAUGGCAUGACAACGAUCAAGUCGAAUGGCUUCAAUUCACAGCUGGAGGAGCUGGACUUUCAGAAAGACAUUAUUUUUGAGAAUAAUCCAACAGGCAGUUCGAAGACUCUGAAUCAUGCCGCUGCCCCUGGGGAGAUAAUAAAUAUCGGGAAUUUCGACAACCAGCUUCCGCCGACUUUCUUCAAAAAUCUCUGCAAUUCAAAUCGACACGAAGCCCUCGGGCUGUACGUUGCGAAUGUUAUGAAUCGAGUUAGCAAUAAGACAGCUGCUAAGCUGGAAAUCAAUAUCCUUAAAGCUAUAAUUGAAGCGCAGUCUGAUGAGUAUGCGAGACUUUAGAUUAAGAUGAGGAUUUUAUUAUGACAUAAUAUUAUUCCUGCCCUUGUACCCUUGUAUUGGCGCGAAAAUAUAUUUCUAAUUAUAUUUUAUUUAAAAUUAUGUAUUGACGACCCCCCUCUAAGCCUGUAUAUGUAUUUUUGAUAUUGUUUUUUUCAAAUUAAAAAAAAAAUUAUAUAUGUAAACGUAUUCAGCUUCAUUUUAUUCAUUAUUUUUUUUAAUCUUCAUUUUUAACGAUUUGUGUUUAAUUUAGAGAAAAGAAAAAAGUCUCAAUUUAUUACGAUUCAAAGUCGAAAAGAGUUUAUUAUAAUAUUUUUUUUGUGUAAACAUGCAAAAGUCUUUUCAAAAAUUAGUUUUAUAAGAUUGUGAAUAAAUAAAAUAUGAAAUGUAAUAAGAUUUUUAAAUAAAUCAAUUUUAAGUCAAACGGAGACUUAUUUACGCAUUCGAUACAAA